UGGCCUCCCAAAGUGUUGGGAUUAUAGGUGUGAGCCACCGCACUUGGCCUAUAUUUGUUUCCUUAUAAGCUGUCCCACAGCUAAUUGAUAUUCUGUUCUUUUUUUUCAGUAGUUUUUCUCUCUGUAGUUCAUUACGGAUUUUUUUUUUACUACGUCUUCAAGUUCACCAACCUUUCUUCUGACACUAAUCCCAUCCAAUGUAUUCUUUUCAUCUCAGGCAUUGUGGUUUUAAUGUCUGGAAGUUCUUUGUUUUUAGUAUCUCCAGUGUUGCCAGUUAACAUGUUUAAUAUUUUAUUUUUGCUUCUUGAACAUAUUAACUACUAAUACGAUAACUGUUUUAGUGUUCUUGUCUACUAAUUCUAUUAUUUGUGUCAUUUCUUGGUCAUGUUUAAAUUGAAUGAUUUUCUCUUUCCUCAUUAUGGAUCAUACUUUCUUGCUUCCUUGCAUGCCUGGUAAUUUUUUGGGGGAUGUCAUACAUUAUGAAUUUUACCUUGUUUGGUUCUUGAUACUUUUGUAUUCCUGUAAAUAUUACUGAACUUGCUUUCGGGAUGCAGUCAAGUUACUUUAAAACAGGUUGGCUAAAAUGAAGUUUUAGGUCUUCCUUCUAGCUUUAUUGGGAAGAAAUGAAGCAGUGUUUAGUCUAAGGUUAACUUUCCCCCCUACUGAGCCAAGACCAUUCUUUGUACUCCUCUCCAACACCCCAUGAAUUAUGAGGUUUUCUAUUUUGGCUGUUGGGAAAAGGUGUUUUCCUGGAUCUCUGUGAUCUAUGGAAACUGUUUCCUUUGAUUCUUCUGGAUAGUUCUUUUCUCUGGCCAUGGGUAGCUUUCUCACAUGCAUGUACAAAUCAGUCCUCAACUGAAUACUUUAGGGGACCCUCUGAAGAUCUCUGGAACUUUCUGUCUCUCUCUGUGGGUUUGUGGUUUUCUCCCAUCCCUGCAUUGCAGCCUGAAAAUUUUCUCCAGGCAGUAAGCUGGGGCAAUUGUAGGGUUUACCUCAUGUGCUUCCCAUCUCUCAGCGAUUCCUUUGUUGCCUGAUGCCUUACUCUGAUUUUCUUGUUAUAUAUUUUAUUUUUACAUGUUAAAACCUUGGAUGAUAUAGUUAUUAUUAUUGCUUUCAAUAGCCAAUUUUGUUUUAUUUUUAUCUAUUAAUUUAACCUCCCUAGAGCUGUUCAUUCUUUAUUCCACUUUCAUAUUCUAUCUGGGAUCAUCUUCCUUCAAUCCGAAAACAUCCUCUGCUUUUUUCUUAUAUUUUAUUUGCCUGAUAAAGUUUUAAAACUUUGUUCUUGACUUUGAAAAAUAUUUUUCCUGAGUAUAAAGUACAAGUUUGGCAGUUUUUUCUUUCAGCACUUUAAAGUUAUCAUUACAUACAGUGUUGCACUUUGAUGUUUUAAUUAUGAUGUCAGUGGCAUUUCUUGUGAUUGUCUUUUUUUUCUCUAGCAGCUUUAAAGGUUUUUUUUUUAAUAUUUGGUUUAAUAAGUUUGACUCUUAUGUACCUACGUGUCAUUUCCAUUGUAUUUAUCCUAUUUGGGACUUGCUAAGCUUCUUGAAGAUUUUGUUAAUACUUUUCAUCAAUUUGGAAAAUUAUCAUACAUUUUUCCCAAAUGAUUACUUCUUUCUUAUUCUGUCUUUCUUCUCUUCCUGGAACUUCAUAUAUUUCACAUUUCUUACUGUGUGAGGUUUUUACCUUUUUCCUUUUUGAGGUUCAAUUUGGAUAAUUUCAUUAAGUUCAUUUGUCUUAUGUUGUUUUCUGUCUACUGUUAAAAUCCUCAAGUAAGUUCUUUACUUUUUAGUCAACUUAUGAAUUAACUAAAUUUUAUUUAAGUUUGCCUUUAUUAAGCUUUUAAGUUUACUUUCCUAGAAUUCUGGGUUGCUUCUUUUAAAAAAAAAUCUUCAUCAAGAUACAUACAAUAAGCUGUAUCCAUUUCGAGUGCACACUUUGACGAAUUUUUACAACUGUAGGCUCCUGUGAAAUCACUACCACAUUCAAGAUACAGAAUAUAUCCAUUACCCCAAAAUAUUUCCCAUGCCCCCUUGGCAGUUCAUUUCUCCUUCUGAUCCUGGCCCCAGCCAAUCACUGAUUUGCUGGACUCACUAUAAAUUAGUUUGCAUUUUCUAGAAUUUAUAUAAAUGAAACCACACAGUAUGUAUUCUUUCUGUCUUGUUUCUAUCAGCCAGCAUGAUGAUUCUGAGGUUCAUCCAUGUUACCUAUGUCAGUAGUUCAUUUCUUUUUAUUACUAAGUAGUGUUACUUUGUAUGGAUAUACUAUUACUUGUUUAUCCAUUUUCCAUUUGAUAGACACAUGGGCUGUUUUACAUUUUUGGCUGCUGUGAAUAAGGCUGCUAUGAAUAUUUGCAUUUAACACUUUGUGUGAACACAUAUUUUUUAUCUCUAUAGGUUGAAUGCUUAGAACUAGAAUGGCUGGUCAUAUGGUAGGUGUAUGUUUAACUUUAUAAGAAACUGCCAGUUUUUUGAACUACUUUACAUUCACACCUUGAGUAUAAGCUCCAAUUGUUCCACAUCUUCACUAACAUUUGGUAUUAUCAGUCUUUUUAAUUGUAGCCAUCCUAAUGUAGUGCUGUCUCAUUGUGGUUUUAAUAUGUGUUUUCCUAAUGACUAACCAUCUUGAAAACCUUUCCAUCUCCUUACUGGCCAUUUACAUAUCUGCUUUUGUAAAAUGUAUGUUCAAAUAUUUUGUCCAUUAAAGAAAUUGAAUUAUUUUCUUAUUACUGAGCUUUGGGAGAUUUUAAAAAUACAUUUUGUAUAUCAGUUGUCAGGUAUUUGUAGUGUGAAUAUUUUCUACGAUUUUGUGACUUUUCAUUUUUUAAUGAUGCCUUUAAAGAGCAAAAGUUUUGAAUUUUGAUAAAGUCCAACUUUAUCAUUCAUGCUUUGUGUCUUAAAUAUUUGCUUAACCUCAAGAUCACAAAAUUUUUCUCUUAUGUUUUAUUCUAGAACUUUUAUAUCUUUUAGAUUUAGGUCUAUGACCUAUCUUAAGUUAAUUUUUGUAUAUUGUGUGAAGUGAACUGGCUGACCAACUUACCAUACAUUGCCUAAAGUCACUUAUUUUACAAUUUUUCAAAAUAUAUUUAUUUAUCAGUAGUCUCCAUUUUAAGUCAAGAGGCAUUCUUUUGUUUAUAGAAUAUACACUUGGUUUUGCCUACGUAAAGUGGUAUAAUCUUAUGGUAAAAUGGGGCAAGUAUCUGCAGGCUUAGAAUUUUGGGGCUCCAAAGAGCCUUUUUUCCUAUUUUUACUUUUAUCAUUAUUUCUUUAAGUUUACUGGGAUACACUUGUUAACAUUUAUAGUCAUUAUUACUACUUUAACAACAAGCAGGCUCAGAAAUAUUAAGAUUUUAUUCAGUUAUAAACACAAACCUAUUUAUGUUAAUACUAGACUUGAGCUCAGAUUUCCAAAUGCCGAAUUCCUCACUUUAGUUUAAGUGAAAUGGAAAAAAGCUGCAAAGUGUUUAUAAAAGGUGUAGGUCAGAUGAGUACAGUUUAAAUAUUAACUUUCUCUUCUAUUCAUAAAUAGAUAAUGUUAUAUGCAUGGGUAUCAUUAUCAUAUUUAUUAUUCAUUGAGAUAACAUCUACUAAACAUGAGAAAGCCCGACUGUAUGACUUUUAUUCUGCAAAGAGUCCAGGUAGAAUAACGAUAGUGUGUUAACUCCUACUUGAAAUGGUCUAUUUUCAAAUAGCCUGACUUGAUGAGUUUUCUAUAUUUUUUCUUUGGGAGACCAUUCCACAGCUUAAUUUCAAGGUAAUCUCAUUUAUCACUUUAGCUAAUUUACCUUUUUUCAUUUACGUUGUAAGAAAAUGUAUGCAUCUUUGCAGUUUUAUCUGUCAAAAGCUUCUAAAUGGCUAUCACUCAAUCACAUUGAUCAUUCCGUAGCCAGUCUUUCUGUGGUUAUCCUUUUAGUUAUUUGGUAGCUUUCCCCUAUCUCUCUGAGAAAUUUCUCUGAUUAGUUGUUAUCUGACAUAUGGAUUACUUAUAUAAUGAAAUUCAAGCUUCUUUUUAAUAUAAUACAGAAGAAUAUAGUGGUGAUUAGGUCAUUUUCUUAUUCAAGGCCUUCAGGAACUAUCCAUACCUUCCAAAUAAAAUUCAAGCUUCUUUGUUUAGCAUUCAGGCUAAUCAUCCCAGUUAGAAGUUGAUACAGUUUGAAUAUUUGUCCCCGCCAAAUCUCAUGUCGAAUUGUAAUCCCCAUGUUGCAUGUAGGUGGGGCCUGGCAGGGAGCAUUUGGAUCAUGGGGGUGGAUCCCUCAUAACUUGGUGCUAUCCUCAAAAUAGUGAAUGAGUUCUUGUGAGAUCUGGCUGUUUAAGUGUGUGGCACCUUCCCCCACCCACUCUCUCUCUUGCUCCUGCUUUCACCAUGUGAUGAGCCUACUCUUGCUUUGCCUUCUCUAUGAGUAAAAGCUCCCUGAGGCAUCCCCAGAAGCUGGACAGAGGCCAGCACCAUGCUUGUACAGCUGCAGAACCAUAAGCCAAUUAAACCUCUUUUUAAAAUAAAUUUCCCAGUCUCAGGUAUUUCUUUAUAGCAAUGCAAGAAUGGCCUAAUAGAGAUAUAAAUUUCCUCCCCUUGAAUUCCCAUUACACUGUCUUCGUGUCUCAAACAUGACAUUAAACAUACGCUAUGGUUUGGAUAUUUGUCCCCUCCAAACCUCAUGUUGAAAUUUGAUCCCCAAUGUUGGAGAUGAGGCUUAACGGCAGAUGUUUUGGUCAUGGGAGCGAAACCCAUGAAUAGAUAUAUGACCUCCCUAGGUAGGGAGUGCUCACUCUAUUAAUUCCUCAGAGCUGGCUGUUAAAAAGAGGCUGGCAUCUCCCUUACCUGUCUUUUGUUUCCUCUGUCACCAAGUGAUCUCUACACAGCUGGCUCCCUUUUGCCUUGGCCUUGUGCCAUGAGUGGAAGUAGCCUGAGGCCCUCACCAGAUGCAGAUACCCAAUCUUGAACCUUCCAGCCAUUCUUAAUUGUGAACCAAAUAAAUAUGUUGUCUUUAUAAAUUACUCAGUCUCUCAGGUAGUCCUUUGCAACACAAAACAGACUAAGGUAACAAAUCUUUACAAUACAGUUGCAGUGCACAAACACAUAAUUUAUGUGGAUUCAAGUCUAAGUAAAACUUAAAGAGAAUACUUUAAAUUGAAAUAGUUCAGUUUUAACUACCAGUCCUGUAUCAUUCAGGUUCAAUCAGAGAAGCAGGACCUGUCAGAGUGAUAGAAAAUAUAAAAUUGAUUAUGAGCACUAGCCCUUACAUAGUUGUAGGAGCUGAUUAAGUCAUCUCUGUCUGGUGUUGGCCUCUGUGUCUGGUGGAAGGCCUAAAGCCAGCAAGGCUAAUAGGAAGAAAAGAUGGUCAUGAAAUGGGGAAGAAUAAGGAAAGAUUGGAACUGGUGAGAACAAUCUGGAACCCACAAGUGAAAUUGCCUUUGCAAAAAUUAUGACAGUGAGAAAAAUCUGACAUAGUAAAAUUAUGGCAGUAAAAGAAAUCUGUCCUAAUUAACUCCAUCUUGCUUCUAACCUCCAAGCUGCCCUUGUUCGUUCCCGGGCAUAGGCUGAACUAACUAACAUGGGAGGAAUUUAUAGUUUAACUUUGAAACAAAGACGGUAACAGUCCCUCCCUGAAACAAACUUCCUCCUUUCAUGGGGACCAGAUUGGCCUUUGUAAAACCAACAAAUUAGCCACAAGCUCAGAAACCAUGGCCUAGGAGUCAUGUAGCCAGAGGCCACAAGAUUGCUAACCUCCCCAAUUGCCCCUAUAGAUAACAUUACUAUUGUAAAACCUAAGAUUGAUGUUUGAGCGAUUUUUCUGACCCAGCAUUCUGAGGGAUUAGCUGGCACAUCCCAGACUGAAAAACCGGCUCAUCUGGUCUUGUGGCCUCCACCAGGAACUGACUCAGCACAAAAGGACAGCUUCAACUUCCUAUGUUUUCAUCCCUGACCCAAACUAUCAGCACUCCCCAUUCCCUAGCUCCUUUCCCACCAAACUAUAAAACCCUAGCCUUUGAAUUUUCAAGGAGGCUGAUCUGAGUAAUAAGAAGACUCUAGUCUUCCAUUUAGCCAGCUCUACCUGUAUUAAACUCUUUCUCUAUCGCAACUCCCCCAUCUUGAUAAAUUGGUUUCAUUCCAGUAAGCAAGAAGAACUCAUUGGGCGGUUACACACAGGCAAACUAGAUCCUGUGAGGACAAAUUGCAGCCUACAUCUGUAUUUCCUUGCAUCCAACCUCAGUGAUGUGAGGGACUUACAGGAUUAGGCAGUCCCUUUGGCAACACUGCUGCACAUGUACCUGGUCUAAGAUUGAGAGAAGCACAAUGAGGAGAUCUGGCAGGAGUUGCAGAGCUGCAGGCCAGGCUGCUGGCCCAUGCCUACAUGGUGAGCCAGCAGAUCAGGGCCUAGCCCCAUGAUGACCUUUAGGGCUUCAGAUCAAAUGGCUGCUGCUUUACUUCUGCCUUCCAAAUCUCACGCACAUUCUCUUUUGACUAACCCUAACCUAGAAUCAUACAGGAAAGGGAAUUCUGGAAAAUGUAGUUCUAUCUUAGCUAAGUCGACACUCUAUGAAGCUACUGCAAGUCUGUUUCUGCAUAAAUCCUUGAGUAAGCAAGGGACAGAAGAUAUACAUCUGCUAUAUUUUCAAUCUGUCUCAGUUCAUGAGUGCGUAUCAUAGUGUUAGCAUGGCACAAUGUUGAGUACAUACAAUUAAUUCUAUUUGGUUGAAUUUUUAGAAUAAGACUGCUUUCCUAAACUCUAGCCAACUGUUUCAUUACACCUCUCCUGAAGAAAGUGAUCUGCACCAGUGUGAGGGGAGAAAGACUGUUUGCAUUGGGUCUAUAAACUGAGAGAUGGCAUAUGUGGGUCUCUGAUAUGGUCCCCUCUUAAGAAGGGAUUUCUAGAGUAGUUUUCCCACAUCCAAUUUUCAAUUUACACUUUGACUUUGAAACCCAAUCCUGAUUUUAGAACCUCCUGCAAUAAAUAUUUGUUAAAAUGGUGAAAAAUGAAUUGUGAACCUCUUAUCUGUAGGGAUUUUCUGGUAAGUGUCUGUAUUCCUUUUAGCAACUAGCAAAGUGCUUGGCACAAAUUAAGUACUCCAUAUAGAUGUGGGUUAAAUUAUUUAUUGCAAAUUUCUAUUCUGGUGUUGUAAAAUGAGUAUUAUGCUUUCUUUUUCAGUAGUUUUCCAAGUUGCCUUUAACAUAAACCACUUAAUAUUGUGUGUGCCUUGGGGCUUCGGUAAAAAUGACCGCCCAUUCAGUGUGGGUUUUGCAAGGCAAGUUGGAGCUUGCAGAAAAGUAAAUGUACAUUGAAAUACUUGGGAAAAUUUUGGCCCUGUUUGUUUCCUUCAAUGUUUGCAUAAAUUCCUACACUCUACCUGUACCUCUCUCUCUUCCUCUCUUUGAUAAAUUAUCUUAAAUAUUAUAAAGUAAUUCAUGCUCUUGUUAAACAGUAAAUAAAGGAGAAAAGUGAAUAUAAAAGUUCUUGAAAUGCCUCCUCUGCCAUAUACAAUUUUGUGUGAUUCAAAAUUUCACUGUUGAUAUUUUUUGAAUGUAUCUUUCCUCAAAUAUUCCAUAUAUUUACAAAAAUAUAUACGAAUAUGUAUGCACACUUAUAUGCUUAUAUUUGAAGGAAACAGGAUUACAUUACAUAAAAAUACUAUGCUGCUACUGGUUUUUACUUAUGAUAUUUUGAAACUUUUUCAACAUCAGCACAUAAAUGUGCAGUUUUCUUUUAAGUAAACUCUUGAAAUGUAUUCCAAUGUAUGUAGUCACAAUUUAACCAGUUCCCUAUGAUGGUCAUCUUAGGCUGAUUCUAAGAAUUAACAUUAUAAACAAUGUUGCAUAUACAUAUAUCUUUGCAUGUAUCAUGCCAAUAUAGCCAAGGAGUAAAUUUGUAGUGGUGGAAGUACAUGGUUUGCCUGAGUUUUGUUAACAACUGAAAAGUAUGUAUUUUCAGGAUAUAUAAUAUUUAUAGCUCAUUAAAAGUUUCUAAUCAACACAGGGUUACACAUAUCUACACCGCCUCGUUUGUCAAGAGACCUUUGACAAAAGGAAAAUAAGACCUUGGAAGAAAAGUCGACAAAUUUGUCCUUAUUCUUUUAGAGCUUCCUUUAGCCAUCUGCAAUUCACUGAUAAUUAGCAUCCACCACCAUCUCCUGGAACUGAAGACAGCUUUUCUACAGAUUAAAAGUAUCACUAUAUUUAAUUCAAAAUCGAAUGCAUUGUAAAACAAUUAUUUUUAUAAUUCCAUUAUCUUAAUAUGGAACAAUAAUGCUGAUAUUGCCACUAAAAAUUAGCUGGCAUUAUCUAUUAAAAUUGAUCACAUGCAUUUCUCAUGACCCAUGAAUCUACCCCUAUAUACACAUCAGAAAUGAGUACAUGUAUCUGUCAAAAGUGUUCUAUGAGAAUGUUUGCAGCAGCAUUAUUCCCAGUAGCCUCAAAGGGAAACAACACAAAUGCCCUUCAACAGUGGAAUGCAUAAAUUGUGCCAUACUCAUAAAAAGGAAUAAUACACAACAGUGUAAAUGAAGAAAUUAUUACCACAGAAACUACGGAUGAACCUCAUGAACAUAAUGUGAAUUUGAAUAGAGCCAGACACAAAGGAAUACAUAAUAUAUGAUUCCAAAGAAUCAACAGGAAAAAUGAAUCUGCAGUAUGUGUUGGCUAAUGACUGGAGGGGUAAUGAGGUGCUGAUCUGUGCAAUGUGCUAGCAUUCUAUUUUUUGACUUGGAUGGGUUUUGCAUAGGUAUCUUCAGCUUGUGAUAAUUAUCAGCAGAGGGGAGAGUAUGCACACAGUUCUUCAGGAUGAGAUUGGUAACAUGUAGAAAAAAGGGAGAAAUGACUGUAGUUUAAAAAAAGUCAAUUCCCUCCUCCGCACUUCUCCAACUCUCCAUUUCCUAGGAAGAGAGCCCAGGGAAAAGUAAACAAAGAAAUAAAUUCGAGCUCAAACUCUCAAACAGAUCUGGAGACUCAAAUAUCCAUCGCUCUGGGCAAAAGGCAUUCCUAGAUUUGUCCAAGGUACAAAAACUACCACUCUAACCAGGUUUCUUCGCUGCCCGGGGUCAGAUAAGUAAAACCCAAUUAUUUAUUUAUCUUUAAGUUACUUCCAACCUUGCUUCCUCGAGCUUCCGAAUCACCUAGGCAACCUGGAAGCUGCCCAUCUAAGGGGGUGAGGUCGAAUCCCAGCCUUGACGCCUUAGCAACCGAGCGAGUCUUUCUCGCGUCCCAGCAACGCGCCCCGCCCUUUCCUGUCGGGCCCAUUCUCCCUGGUGCCCCUCCCUUCCUCGAGGCUGCAGCUCACCCCUCACUGGGUCUCUCCCUGGUCCGGAGGGCGCGGGCCUGCACACUCUCACUCAGUGCCGGACAGCAGUUCCUGCGGCUCCUGUGGUGGGAGCUGCCCGAGAGCCAGGGCAGUGGGGAGGGACGGCGAGAAAGAAUGUUUAAGUUUAUUUAAGAAAGAGGAAAAAAGAGUCAACAGAUUCAGGAUUUUCGUCAUUCUGAUUUUUAAGGCACAUCCAAAGCUCCGUGGAGAAGGGGCUGGAGGGUGGGAGAAUCAUUUUUGUAUACACUCCAUAUAGGAGAGAAGAGACCCAUCGAAGAUUCAGUACGGAGUCACCUGGAAAUUGGAGAUGUUGGAUACGAUCGCCCGUGCCCUGCAGGACCUGGACAGGCAGGUGCUGCCCACUCUGCCCUCGCUGAGCCAGGAGGAAGUCUCUAUUAUCUGGGGGAAUGUAUCAGAAUUUGUGGGACGGCAGUUAACCCUGCACAAGGGGGUUCAGAUUCCAGGAUUUGGAACUUUCACUUUCAUGAGACAAAAACUUGAGGUGGGAAACAACAAAUUUAUCUUAAUCCAGAGGCCCGUGUUUAUUAUGGCGGAGAAGCUAGUGCAGAUCCAUGGACUCAAACAAAACAAAGUAUAUACUCCUGGUGAUAUCCCAAUUGUUCCACUUAAUUUUGUCAUGAUAUCCCUGGAGGGUCCAUUUAACAGAGAUGUAGUGGAAGGAUGUGUGAAGGAGACGUUGCUUUUUUUAUCGCGAUUCAUUUCCAUGAAACAAAAUGUGGAGUUUACAUUCAAAGGAAUUGGGGUCCUCAUGAUCAGAGACAACAAAGUGAAGAUGAGGUUUUAUAAAGACUUCCUUUGUACCAUGGAUGGAAGUGGGGCUUUGGCAAAGGCCCUAGCAAACAGGCCUGGCACUGUGGACUCGGUGUUGUCCAGCAGAGAGGCCUUGAGGAAGUGGCCCAGCAGUGUGCUUGCGUUUCCAAGGAUUGAGCUCAAGCAGACGGAAAACAAACUGCCUAUGGAGACCCUUGUAGAAGAAUGUGGAGAGAACAGAGAAAGGAAGUGCAAGUUAAAAGACCAGUCAGACAAAGAAGAAGGCAUCAGAGAUAUCUCAUCACCCAAGAGACUUCGAGAUAGACAAGCUUUGUUCCCUGCCAAAGUGACAAAUGUCAGCUUGCUGGAAAAGACUGACCGAAGUGAGAGUGGUGAGAAGAUUAUGACCUCUGAAAGCUUAUCAUCUCCAAGUUGUCUGAAACAUGACAGUGACAUGAAGCCCCAAACAUCUCCAGCUUGUCAGGAUCAUGAUAAGGCAGGACAGGAAAUGUGCUAUGUAUGUUUGCAACGAGCACAACGAAAUUCCCCGUUGUACUACGGUGAGGAAAGGAGGAGAGAGAUAGAAGAUGAGAGACUCAUACAGCAGUAUCAGAUGUUGAAAGAUCAGGAGGCUCUCUUCAGACACCAGCUGAAAAGUCUGGCUACUAGAGAACAGAAUCAGAAAAAUGCUGCCUAUAAUCUUGGAGUUGCUGAAGCUAUAAGAAGCCACAAGAAUGAGAAACCAGAAUUUUAUAAAUCCUUCCUAUUUGACAAACGGCCACUCAGUCCUGCGUUUAAUGCUCUUAAGCAAGAGGAAUAUUCCCGGAGUCUCCUGAAACAAAUGGAUAACAGACAGGAAAACGAAAUAAAGCAAAGACAAUACAGAGAGUUGAUGGAUCGCCUGGAACAAGUGCAACUCACAGAGGAACUUGCUGUGCAAAGAGCGAAAUUUUUAAAAGAUAAGAUGGAAGAAACACAGUGUUACAAGAGAGCUUUGGAUGCACAGAUAAAGAACAAACCCUCCCGGCUGCCGCCCUUUGAGCCAGACUCCUCUGAGCCCAUCUUUGGUAAGAAUGAAGGUGAACUGAUGGUGGAAAAGCAAAAGCGAGAACAAAAUUACAUGAAACACCAGCUGGAGGCAGCUGCUAACCAUAAGAGGAAAGCCAUCCUGCAUCAACUAGUGGACCAGAGGCGGGAUUUGCAAAUGCUUCAGAGGACACAAAGAGAGCAUGUGGCAGACAGAACCGCUGAGCUGGAGCGAGUAAAUAGAAUCAACCAAUGCUUACAGGAGGACUGGGAAAGGAGUGCUGCGAUGAAGAAGCAGCGAGACCUGGAGGAGAAGGCUUUUGAACGGGCUUCAGACAAGCUGUUUCUCCUAGACCAGUGUGAGAAGUAUCGGCGCUGCAAGCAGUGCCAGAGGCGCACCUCCAAUGUGGGCGAGAGCAACCUGUGGCCCCUGAACAAGUUCCUGCCAGGCUCCCGGUUGCUUGUGUAAAACUCAAAGUUUGGAUCUGUGUUUCCUGGGGAAAGUUUUUAUCUUUUACAUGUUUGGGGGCAAUUGUGAAACUGCAUAUUUUUACCUCAGAGAAAAAAAUCAUUGUUUAGAUUUGGUGCUUUCAUUAGAUUGCUUGUUAAGCCCUUAUUGAAUUCACUCCUGCCUUUCUCCCACCCCCACUUAUUUCCUAUACUCAUCUCUGAUGGCAGUGAAGGUGUCUAAAUGGUCCUGAGGGCUAGAACCUGCUGCACAGGGGCUGGGAAGGGGACCCAGAUUCAUUAUGGCUGCUGGGGUACUGCUGACCCAGCCCUGCUGCUGCUCCGUGACUUUGUGUACAAAACUUUUUUCGUCUGUAAUGAAUAGUGGCAAUAAUAAAUAUUUUCUAAGUGCC